AUGAGUUCUCUACAGGACGUAGACGGACGAGACCACGGGCUCUACCAGAACACUUCACAAGUCCCCCCAAGGGCACAGCACUAUUCGCAGCUACCUCCCAAUCUGGUUGACGUCGAGAAACAUGAGACUGGAGGAGUGGCUCAACCAAAGAAAUCAGUCUAUGCAGGCCUAGGAUGGCUGGACCGGUUACUCGUUCUCUGGAUCUUGCUGGCCAUCAUUGGGGGCAUCUUGCUGGGCAACUUCGUCGACAACAUAGGCCCGGCUCUCCAGAAGGGCAAGUUUGUGGACGUCUCGGUUCCGAUCGCGGUUGGUCUAUUGGUGAUGAUGUACCCAAUUCUCUGCAAAGUCAAGUACGAAACGCUACACCAUCUUUUCGCUCAUCGCCAAAUCUGGAUACAACUCGGUUUCAGCAUCGUGGCCAAUUGGAUCAUUGCACCUCUUCUCAUGCUGGGUUUGGCUUGGGCCUUCCUGCCAGAUGAACCGGAUCUUCGAGUCGGACUUAUAUUCGUCGGCCUCGCGCGCUGUAUUGCUAUGGUCUUGAUCUGGACGGGCCUCGCUGGCGGUGAUGAGGAGUACUGUGCCAUUCUUGUAGCGGUCAACUCCAUCCUGCAGAUGGUCCUGUAUGCACCCUUGGCCAUCCUCUUCGUCAACGUCAUCAGCCACGGUGGCGCGUCGCAGGUUUCCUACUCGAUUGUCGCUAGGAGCGUCGGCGUCUUCCUCGGCAUACCUCUCGGAGCCGCCAUCGCCACGCGCUUCAUCCUCAGAUCGAUCAACGCUUCCUGGUACGAGAAGAAAUUUCUCAAAUGCAUCGCCCCGUGGUCGCUCUUGGGCCUUCUCUACACCAUUUUGGUCCUGUUUGCAUCGCAGGGAGAACGGGUCGUCCAUCAGAUUGUCUCGGUCGUCCGGGUCGCUGCUCCCCUGAUUGUGUAUUUCGUCAUCAUUUUCUUUCUCACACUCAUCAUCACGAAGCGCCUGGGGUUCGGCUACAAGUUGGCGACCACUCAAAGCUUCACGGCGGCCAGCAACAACUUCGAGCUGGCCAUUGCCGUCGCCGUGGCAACCUUUGGUGCCGACAGCGAUGAGGCUCUGGCGACGACGGUCGGCCCGCUGAUCGAAGUACCCGUCUUGAUUGCCUUGGUGUAUCUGGUGAAAUGGAUUGCCGGCCGGUGGAACUGGAAAGAUUAA